UACCUAACCCACUAGCCUCUGCACUCUUGACCCACUGUGGCGGUGUCGAUUUCGCUCCCGGAGGACGCGACACCUGGCCCCCGCCACCUCGCCUGGUUUCGGCCAAUGGCAGCUCUUCGUCGACGCAGCGGGCGACGCAUGCGCACCGGGGCAGCUCGCUGAUUGGCUGGCGGUGGGCCAAAUGGGGCUGGAACUGCGGCGAACGUCGCAGCCGUGAAAAACUGGUUACACCAGAAAAACGGUUCGUCUGUGAGCCCGUGAAGGGGAUUGUCAGUGUGUGCGUGGCCCAAACUCGAGUGUGUGAGUGAGCGGCGGCUUUGCGGUGUCGUUUCGGCCCGCUCUGCUCGGCGGCGCUUCAGUAGAUAUCGUUGGCUGAUGGACCGCGGGCGAGGCACGAAGCCAACUCCAGUUCCACUGCCACUUCAACUUCCACCAAAUUGAUCGGAUCGAUGCGCCGGCCCCGCGAUUCGCGUGCAGUUAGUCGAAUUUUUGACGGUCGAGUGACAAGGUGCGUCGCGUCGCAAACUCCUAAAAAACCAAAAAACUAAAAAACCAUAAAAGCAAAUAAGAAUCACAAGCCGUCGCGCCUCUGAACUGAGUAAUCGGUCAAUAUCCGCGGGAUAAGUCCAUUGUGCAUACUAAAACUCGAGCGGAAAGUGUUGUGCUCAAGUGUUCAAAGGAUCCAGUAGUUGCCAACUUUGUGGAUAGCCGGCGUUCACUGGGCGAAUCCAGUGCUCAAAGAUAAAGAUUUCCACUGCUCAGCUCGGCUCGGCCCGGUUCGGUUCGGUUUUGGUUUGGAUCAUCGGAUCGGUUCUGGCCCGGCCUGGAUGCCGUUCGAAUUCGUGGAAGCCGUAAAAAGUCUUCGGGGAGUGGGCCGCCAGCAUCCACCAUCAACCAUCCACCAUCAGUUCGAGUGCUGAGUCAAGAGUCUGAAACUGAGCAUCCUAAUAGCCCGGCGACCACGACGACAUCCAUCAAAGCGUUUUUAUGACGUUCUUGCUUGAAAUUUGAUUAAAAUUCAGCGAUUAACUAAGCAGCAGCCGCAGCAACGGGACGAAAGACAAAAAACAAGAAACAAACAGCCAUCAGCAAAUAAACCAAAAUACUUUACGGAGGCUAAGCGACUGCGAACGACUACCGAUCGAAUCGGAUCGUAUCGAAUCACUUUCGGAUUGGAUUGAAUUGAAUUGUUGAUCACAUUUCAGCCAUGCCGCAUACAGGUCAAGCCGGUGUAAACCAAUUGGGUGGAGUCUUUGUGAAUGGCCGCCCUUUGCCGGACUGCGUUCGUCGCCGCAUCGUGGACUUGGCUCUGUGCGGAGUGAGGCCCUGUGAUAUAUCCCGCCAGCUCCUGGUUUCUCAUGGAUGCGUCUCCAAAAUACUGACUCGAUUCUACGAGACUGGCUCCAUUCGGCCGGGUUCCAUUGGCGGCAGCAAGACCAAGCAAGUGGCCACGCCCACCGUGGUGAAGAAGAUCAUACGGCUGAAGGAGGAGAACAGCGGCAUGUUCGCGUGGGAGAUUCGCGAGCAGCUGCAGCAGCAGCGCGUCUGUGACCCCAGCUCGGUGCCCUCGAUCAGCUCCAUUAACCGGAUUCUGCGGAACAGUGGUUUGUGGACGGACGAGAUGACCUCCAGCCAGCAAAACGCGGCAGCUGCAGCGGCGGCGGCGGCAGCUCAUCAGGCGGGCAGCGGUCCAUCGAAUGGAUAUGGCCCCCAAGCUCCUCCUCCGCCGGUGACCGUAGCCCCGCCCACUGCGGCAGCCACGCCCUCUGCCGGACGGUAUGCGAAACCGCCGGCGCUGAUGAUGAAUUCCGUCGGCGAGAUGCCCAUUAAACCCGCUCCCAAAAUGCCGCCCAGCAUGGGACAUGGCCACAGUCACGGCCUGAACCCGAGUGUUUCUGGCCUGGAUCUGAGUUACUCCGCUCUGCACAAGCACUGGCUGUGGAACCCCUCCCUGCUCUACUACACCCAGGCCCACAUCCAGGCCCAGGCGGCUGCCUCCGGUGGACAAUUCCUGCCCUAUGCCGGCGGCUAUUUGCCCCAUGCCAUGGCAGCGGCGGCCGCAUCCUCCACGUCGGCCCUGGGUGGCUUCACCAAGUCGGAGAGCUCCAUCGAUCUCUCGACUCCCGGAGCGGCCGGCGAUGCCCUUAGCGAUUGCGAUUCCGGCAAAUCCUCCCCAGCGGCGCUCUCAUUAACCAACGCUUCUGGCGGCGGAAGUGGAGCCGCAUCAGCUCCAGAGGCUUCUCCGGGAUCUGCACUGAGCCACAGUCGUAAGCGGAAUCCCUACUCCAUCGAGGAACUGCUUAAGAAGCCGGAGAAACGACUCCGACUGGAUAGCAAUCGAUUGGAGUGCUUGGAGUCCAGUUCCUGCGAAAGCAGUCAGGAUAGUCCAGCCCCUCUUCCCCUAGAAAUCCCAGAGGAUGAGGAUCCCGCCGAGGGAGAGGAGGAGCAAGAGGAGGAGGACUGCAGCGUGGAGGUGGUCAACUGAAUCCACAUGCACAUUCCCACUGUCCCAGUUUUGAUCUGUGUAUAUAUAGCAACUUAGUUUAAUCGUAAACGCCCCUGAAACCAAUACCAUUUCAAUCAGAGUUGGAAUCGGAAUCAAUGGAAUUUCACAUUCCACAAUCUGAACAAUUUCUUCACUCCAAAAGUGGAUCGCUGAUAAAAUGCUUUCAAAUAAACAACUUGCUGGAUUAAAAUAACCGUGAAAAUGUAUGUUACACCUAAUAUGAUUGAUUUGGUUAUUGGUGAAAAGGGGUGAUAAUAAUAUAAAAGUAUUUAAAUAAAACA